AUGAUUAUGAGAGAUAACUAUCCAGUCUCGCCUCCAAGCGACUACGAUACAACAUACACAUCGAUAUCCACAAGCACGCCCGACCAGAAGAAAGCGCACAUCAUCACCAUGGCCGAGGAAAUGGUCCCCUCGCUGCCGGAGCAAUCCGUCAAGAUCCAAGGGGCGUUUCGUCGAACCAGAUCCCCGCCUCGCAACGAACAAGGCCAGAUGUUCUGCGACCACAUCAAUUGUCGAGGCAAGAACCAGACGUUCAAGCGCGUCUGCGAAUGGAACAAGCACAUGGACAGGCACGAGAGACCAUACAAGUGUCGCGAGGCCGGUUGCGAACUCAACCCUGGAUUCACCUACUCGGGCGGGCUCCUGAGGCACCAGAGGGAAGUUCACAAGAUGCACCUGUCGACCAAGCAGCCGCUGUUCUGUCCGUUCCCCAACUGCAACCGAAGCUCAGGCACGGGGUUCACUAGGAAGGAAAACCUCGAGGAGCACAAGCGCCGGCGACACCUAGAAGAGAUGUCAGACCGUGACCCGCCACACCACGAAGCGUUGUCGCAGCCUGCUGCAGGCACGACGACGAACUCGGCAAUGCCGCAAGAACCGGCAGCCAAGCGACGAAGAAUCUCGACGGCGACAGAAGUACAGGGGGUGGCGAUGGGGCAGCAGCAGCAGCAGCAGCAGCAGCAGCUUCUAGGCAACGAGGUGGCACCCAAUACCAUCGACAAUCUUGUCGGAAGCGCCGAGAGCCAGUUGAUUCAACAUCUCAGGGAUGAGCUCCGGCAGAAGGAAGAGUUCAUUCGCCGCCAGGCAGCAGAGAUCCAUCGCCUGCAGAAUCUGUUACGCAGUUUGCCUCCUCAGGCGAUAUACCAUAUGCAAAACCGGAUGCCUGGCGGUGGCGUUGGAUGA